UUGAGUAAUUUUGUAUGAUUGUUUUAACACAAUUUUAAUGAUACUGAAUACAAAUGUAUAAGCAAAUGAAAACACAGCCUUAAGUAAAACAUCUGACAGUAUUUAGGUUAUAUUAAUAAUGAUAACACUUCAUUAGUUAAGGUUAGUUAACAUUAGUUAACAACUAUAACAUUAACUAAUAAUAAAAAAAAAUCAUUCAUUCUUUAAUAUUGUUUAAUGUCAAUUGCAACAUUUACUAAUGCAGUAAAUUAACAGUUGUGCUUGUUAAUGCACUCUGAAUGAACAAGAACUAAAAAUUAUCAUUCACUAACAUUGAGCCCGUAUUUGAGCGGACUCUGCUUUUGAGCUUUGUUAUUUGAGCGGACUUUGAGCGUUAGGCUACUAUACGAGCAGAUGCACGUUUAUUCAGCGUAGCGUCAAACCGCGGAAUGACACGGCGGGAGCGCCAUAUAUUAUAUGGCAUGUUUUUCUCUUUCGCCAUAUAUUAUAUGGCACGCAUUCCUGUGUUUAAUAGCUGUUCAGUACAACACCUGGAUUUAUUCAGAACUACAGUUUUAACCUAAACUGAACACUGCUCUCAGGACAACGGUAUUUAUUUAUUUGAUGUCACAUUUUAAAGGGGCACAUAGUUAGGCUAUUGCUCGCUAUAGUUAGCCUUCACAUUAUUUCUACAUAAUUAAAGCUCCAGAUCAAUGAUCAUGUAAUAUUUAGCUUAUUUUUAGCUUUUUUUGUACUAUUUAAAUGUACUGGAAAGAAGAAGAAAAAAAAAACAUGCAAAUCUACAAGUCCGACACUUGCCCGGGACUGGUGACGUCACGUGGUGGUUGUGGUGGCUUUGAUGCUGCUGAGAGAAAUAGACCUACAGAACACAAUUCUUCCUCCCUGCCACCGCAACAAUAUGAGCAAACCUGAAGGCACUGGGGGAGCUGGACAGUCCAACUCCGACAACAGCGAAGAAAGAGACUGGGCAGCUGUCAAAGCAUUAUUUGACAACGCGAAAACAACGAAGAAGCCCCGUCCGCCCAAACCCAGCAACGCCGUGACCAUUGCGGUGUCCUCGCGAACGCUGUUUAACAUGGUGAAGGAGAGGAAGGUGUUUGAAGAGGAGGGGCUGGAGAGGUACGUCGCGCACCAGCUGGAGCUCGAGGACCAGCCUUUCACCCCAGGGGUCUCGUUUCCUUUCGUGAAGGCCCUGAUGAAUGUAAAUGCUCGUUUGAGAGAACUAUACCCAGAUGACGAGGAGCUGUUUGAUAUUGUGCUGAUGACUAACAAUCACGCCCAGGUCGGAGUUCGCCUCAUCAACAGCAUCAAUUACUACGAUCUAACUAUAGAGAGAUUUUGCAUGACGGGUGGAGAGAGUCCAAUUGGCUACCUAAAGGCCUACAUGACUAACCUCUACUUGUCCAAAGAUUCAAAGAAGGUACAAGAAGCUAUUGAAGAAGGAAUAGCAGCUGCCACAAUGUUCGCAUGCGGCAGUGAAAAUGAGCUCAGUGACACACAGUUACGUGUAGCAUUCGAUGGAGAUGCGGUUUUGUUUUCAGACGAGUCUGAAAUUAUUGUUAAGGAACACGGAUUGGACACAUUCUUUAGGCAUGAGAAAGAGUUUGAGAACAAGCCUCUUGCUCAGGGCCCCCUUAAAGGUUUCCUGGAAGCACUGGGUAAACUCCAGCGCAAGUUCUAUGCAAAAAACCAACGAAUCAGUUGCCCUAUUCGCACUUACCUAGUCACAGCACGAAGUGCCGCCAGCGCUGGGGCCCGUGUUCUGAAGACCCUACGAAGCUGGGGGUUGGAGGUAGAUGAGGCCCUCUUUUUGGCUGGGGCUCCAAAGGGGCCUCUCUUACAAAAGAUCAGGCCUCACAUCUUCUUUGAUGAUCAGAUGUUCCACAUAGAAGGUGCCCAGGAGCUGGGUACAAUCGCUGCUCAUGUGCCCUAUGGGAUUGGACAGAAGUAUGAUAAGGGGAAACGCAUAGAUACAAGUGAUACUGAAAAAAAGUGAAAAGAUUUGGUGAUUAUCCAAUGCAACUGACCAAUACUUUAGGUACCUCAACACCUAUUCAGUGUCUUACAUUUAAUCUAUACAACAGCUGAAUGUUUACUAAUAUUAAUAAUGAGCAGGGACUUGGCAAGUUAUAGGUAACUGUAUUUAUUUAUUUGGUUGCAUAAGAGAAAGUUCUGAACCUUGAACUAUACAUAUAAUGGAUUAUAAAUUAAUUGCUGGAAAUAUAAAUACAAAGAAGCUACGGUGCUCAAAAUGUUCUGGUAUAUCAUGUACUGUACUAAUGUGUCAGCACUGUGAGGUUAAACUAUGUGCUGCAUCACUUUCUUUUUUUAAGGAGAAUAAUGUGAAAUUACAUGGAUUUAUCCAAUUUUAUACCUUGUUCAUUCUGAUUUUUAAGGUGUUUCUUCAAGUUUAAUUGAGAAUAUUUAAUUCUAUCUCAGGGAAACAUAUACUGCAACUGUCUGUAUUUUAUUAAGUCUUAUUAUUCAAAGAUUAAUUUUGCAAAUUUUAUCUACAUUUUGAUGUUUUGAACUUUUUUUACUGCUGUACUUAUAUAUUCAGACUCAAUCAUCAGCCAGUUUAAUUCACUGACCUAUGUUUGUUCACCACCAGUGUUUCUGACAGACCUUGCCACAAUAAUAAAAUGCUGAAAUAAGAGUAAGACUGUGAAGAAACAUAUAUAUUGUAAUUAGAAUGUGUUACCCCUGUGUGUUUACCAUAAGGUAUAUAUUCAUUUUAUUUAGUUCUGUCCACAAAACCAAAAUAUGUUGUUGACUGUCAAACACUGGAUUUAUUUGUGCUGAAAAAUUAAAUGUGUGAUCAUA